AUGAAGGAAAUAUGUGCAUCUGGUCGUGUGUAUAUUGGUGUAAAAAGAAUGGGGGGUCUCGAUGCAAAGCCUUUCAUUGUUGAUGCCAAGAAGCGUUGUCUGAGUAGAGAGGAUACAGUCAAGUUUUUGUCAAUAUGGGAGGAUCAUCUCAGGGAUCCAAGCUGGCACCCAUUUAAGGUCAUCACCAUUGGAGAUGAUUACAAAGCACAAAAAAUCAUUGAUCUUAUGGUGAGGCCUCUGGUUGGUACCCCUUGUCCUCCAAUCAUACCAAGAAAAACUUGCAAGUUUUUUGGCCAUCUUUCUAUUGAUAGGAUUAAAAUCAAUCAACGUGAGAUGGAAGAAGCAGUAUCCAUGUCACAUUUUUCACAACUAAAUACUAUUGAAUAUGACAUGGCCAUGGAGUGGUUUUUAAUGCAAUCAAAGUCCAAAAAAUGGUGGGAGAUGGUUCACAAGGUUAGAAUUUGUCAUCAUUUUUACAAGGUCGUUCAUGGGUCUGUGUGUGGGAACAAGCCUUGUUCCUUUGAAUGUUUGGAAAUGUUAAAACUUAAAACCACGUUGAAAUUACAAUUCUACACAUUUACAAAACAAACCUCCAAUUCUUCACAUCACAUCACAGUACACUUCUCCUUUGAUGACUUUGAUUCCUGCUUUGAUGAUGAAGAUGAAGAUGAACUCUUUGGCCUUGAUGGCUGCACAUGCUACAUGAAUAACUGUUCCAUCCGUGGGGAACCCAACGUCUUAAACAGACCCAUUCAUGUUAAAAGUGAAAUGUCUGGAAAAUAUGUAAAUAUGAAAGAUGGACACCCACAUGGAGAAUCAAUGCAGAAACUCCCUGACAUAGAAGCUCGCUUGCCACUUCAAAUAUGGGUCACUGAGAAAACAAAUGGCUUGUUAAAUGAAGAAACUGGAACAAAUGGUGUUUUGAAUCUUGAAGAGUUCAUGAGAAACAAAAACAAGAGGAGUUACAGAACGAUCAAGAAAUUAGAUUUCACAACUAUUUUGGAUCCACAUGUUCUGAUUCUUGACCACAUUAUUCAUAUUCAGAGUGCUGCUUCCCUUUUUCCGCUUCAACAUCCUUCUUCUUCUUCUUUUCUUUUUCCGUUGAAGCAGAACCACCUUCCUCAGCCUGCUGCUUCUCUUUCUCCACUUGAUCACCGGAUUCAUCAUCAUUAG